CCCGGCCCUGCACCCCCCAAGCUGGGGCAGCCGCGCACGUGACCGCGGUGCCCGGCCGGCUCCCCGCGCGCCCCGGCCAUGGGCACCCCGGCGGGCAGCCACCUCUACGUGCGGGUGCUGCGCCUCCCCGAGCCGCCGCGGGCCUCCUGGCUGGGCACGGCCGCGCUGGGCCUGGGCCUGGGCGCCGUGGCGCUGGGCCUGGGGCUGGGCGCCCUGGCGCUGGGCAAGGGCCUCUGGCGCCGGGUGCUGCGCGGGGGGCGCCGGCGGCAGGUGGGCACCGUGGCCGAGCUGUGGAUCUACCCGCUCAAGUCCGGCAAGGGCGUGGCGGUGAGCGAGGCCGAGUGCACCGCGCUGGGGCUGCGCUGUGGUCACCUGCGGGACAGGUUCUGGCUGGUGAUCAACGAGGCGGGGACCAUGGUGACCGCCCGCCAGGAGCCGCGCCUGGUGCUGGUGUCCCUGACCUGCGAGGGCGACACGCUGACCCUCAGCGCGGCCUACAUGCAGGACCUGCUGCUGCCCGUCGAGGCGCCCGCCACCAAUCCCGUGCUCAAGUGCAGGGUGCAUGGCCUGGAGAUCCAGGGCCGGGACUGUGGCGAGGCAGCAGCCCAGUGGAUCACCAGCUUCCUGAAGGCCCAGCCCUACCGCCUGGUGCACUUUGAGCCUCACAUGCCGCCCAGAAAGUCCCACCAGAUAAUGGACGCAUUCCGGCCCACAGACCAGAUCGCGUACUCGGACGCCAGCCCGCUCCUGCUCCUGUCUGAGGCUUCACUGGCGGAUCUCAACUCCAAGCUGGAGCGGAAAGUCAAGGCAACGAACUUCAGGCCCAAUAUCCUCGUUUCGGGCUGCGGCGAGUAUGCAGAGGAUUCGUGGCACAAGCUUCUCGUCGGGGACGUGGAGCUGAGGAGGGCGAUGGCCUGUUCCAGGUGCCUUCUCACCACUGUGGACCCGGACACGGGCAUCAUGAGCAGGAAGGAGCCGCUGGAGACUCUGAAGAGUUACCGCCUGUGUGACCCUUCCGAGCAGAAACUGUACGGAAAAUCGCCUCUCUUUGGACAGUACUUGGUUCCGGAAAACCCGGGGACGAUCAGAGUGGGGGAUGCCGUCUACCUGCUGGACCAGUAAUGGGGACCCCGGGUCCCCGGAGAGCAGGUGCCCUGGAGAAAAAUGCCCUCGAAAAUGCCACCCCUUUGACAUACCGUGUGUUGGAGCCUCUGCCUUUUCUUGAGAUCUCUGGUUUCCCGAGUCUUUGCUUUUGUGGAUUUCCUUGUGUCUCGAUGCUCCCAGAGUCCUGAGCCUCAAGCCCAAAAACAUAACACAGUCUCCAUGACUGAGUCGGACUCCCGGAAGCCACCUAACGGCCAGGCGUCUGAGAAUUCCGUGUGUCGCUAUGAUGGUGGGGUCAUUCUUUCUCCUUCCUCUGGAUUCACCUCCUGGGAGCGCUCACCUCGGUCAUGUCAUGGCCCCCCCUUAGGGAGAGAGAAAAGAAGAGACGGAGGAAGAGUGGGCGAGCGAGAGGAAUGUUCUAGAAGGUUUUGUGUGUGUGUGGGGGGCACGCAAUGGGAAUUAAAUAGCUCCCCAAGCAAG